CGCUCUCUAGCCAGUGCAUACAGUGUCGAUAUUGAUAGUUAACGUGAUGUCCCAGCAGACACUUCAACGUCCGUGCGUUGAGCACUAUGAACCGUUCGGAACCCUGCGCUCUGCAGCUGUCAGCGACGACCCAUCAGCGUCAGGUUCCGAGGUUAUCGUACACACAAACGGAUGCACGGAAAGCAGUAUCAACGGGAGCGGGGGUGGAGCAGCCUUGUCCCCUCCGCCAGGCGGCGUCGUCGGCGCAGAUGCACGGCGCCGGGGCAAGUGCAAGUGGUUCAACGUGGCCAAAGGUUGGGGCUUCAUCACCCCGUACGACGGCGGCCCCGACGUGUUCGUCCACCAGUCGGUGAUCCAGAUGUCGGGAUUCAGGAGCCUGGGCGACGACGAAGAGGUGGAGUUCGAGUGCAAGGGCUCGGAGAAGGGCGUCGAGGCCACGGCCGUGUCGGGACCCGAAGGGGGCGACUGCAAGGGUUCGCACCGGAGGCCCAUGUCCAAGAAGCGCUUCCGAAAGAUCAGAUGCUACAACUGCGGUGAGUUCGCCAACCACAUCGCAGCCAAAUGCACCAUGGGACCGCAGCCAAAGCGCUGCCACCAGUGCAAGUCGACCGAGCACCUGAUUGCCGACUGUCCACAGCGCGAGGACAAGAAAGCCACCAAAGCAGGAGGCGCUGCUGCGCCUGCGACGACGACCGCGACAACGUCGCCGCCAACGCAGCACGCGAGCACGAACGGCGAUAGCAGUCUUCCAGAGGAGCCCCUCGACAACGCCGCGACGGUGGACGAGGCCGCGGACAACAACAACGCCAAGCACGCCACGCCGCAGCCUUGAGAGAGUCUCAGAAAAGAUGGCCUCUCGCACAUGUCUCUGUUUCUUGCCACUUUUUUUCUUUGUUUGCGGGCCCGUAAACGCAGACGCAAACACCGAGGCGGCGGGCGUUGCUUGCCGAAAGUUCCGGCGCCAUGUUACACGCUGACCGCGAAAGCUGGCGGAACGCGAGAGACGCAACGUGUAUAGAAAGAUGUCACUGGUGAGGUUUAGAAACAGCGAAACCAAAGUGCUUGGUGGGUGAAAGAUCCGCUUUGCAUAAAAUACGACAGCCUAAACAUUGACGCGAGUUUAGCGUCCACUAGCGCACCACGCCGACAUAGUACUUAUAUUCGCUCUUUUUGAAAUCUCUCUAUUUUCCUGUUAUAUGUUAGGAAUUCGUGAGCUUUGGGCUACCAUCAGCUAAGCUUUACGUCUACCCUGUGAAAAAAAAAAAAAAAGACGGGGAGUUUGGUUCUACUUAAUGGAACGGGCGAUGGUAGCUUUAAGAAAACGCCUUGUUUGUCAGGCGAACCGUGGCAUGUGCUUGUUAAAAGCAGGCUUUAAAUCUUGCCGCGCUUUGUAUACAAGCAAGUUCAGAUAGCCGACAUUGCUUUUCUGUUGGUGUAUCAAAAUUCUUUGAAAUAAUAAAUGUCUAAUUUAAGGAGUUAGAGUACAGGGACAUAAUGUACUCAAAUCUCGAAGGUAAGUUCGUCAGAGUUUGGUUACUCCGCAUAAAAAAAGUUGGUGAAGAUUCUAACGUUGAAGUAUCCUUCGGAGAAAUUCUAUUUCCUCUGGAAGCUCAAUGACUGGUCUUAUUUCACUUUGCUCACGAUGAUUUGAGCCUUCAACAAGUGUCAUUUCAUUCAAAUUGGCUAUAGGCUUAUUUUGGGGGGUAUUGCGACAACAUUAUUAUGCGGGAGUAAUUCUCUUAGUUUCAUACCUACACUCGGCGACAAGUUUCUGUGGCGGCACAGCCAAGGCUACGAAGCCGAAGGACGCCCUUUCUUACUACGCUUCUGCAUGUAGUCCUCGAAUGCUUAAUUUAGUAUGCUGCGUAGCAUAAGAGAAAAUAUAAAAAGAAAAGAUGUAAUUAUUAUGUUCUGUUCGAACUAUUAUUACGAAGCAUCACCCGUGUAAGUUUUUCGUGCUUUGCUGUUUCUAGUUUUCGUGCUUUCUGGUGCCAUUUCACUUUUUCCCUGCCCCGGUAAACAACGAUGGCGUCGCUCAGUUGCAGCAAGUUCACAUCGAAGCUUGUGAGCGAGCAUGAGUGCGUGUUGAUUAGGUGAUCGCUAUUCAUCGAGCAGGAAAAAACGAAGACAGCGGUGCGUCUUCGAAAAAUAACGUGAGCGUCUCUAGCCAGCUCUUGCGUCUCUAAAAGAAGGAAAACAAAACCGUUAUUUAGGAAACGAUUUCUUGGCUUUGCGUUGUUCCAAUUGCCCAGUACUCUGCUCGGCCGUACUUUUUCUUUUUUUUUUCUGAAUUAAACAGCAAUGCUCAAAGAAGCUUCGCGUUUUUUUUUUCUCUUUAAAAUGAAAAUCUAAUUCAUUUCCUCCCAAAUAAAUGUAAGAUUUAUUGCAUGGUGGUCGUGCUAAAAAGUACAUGUUCGAUGCACUUGCGAAACCGAAACCGAAAUUUCAUGAAGACGGACUACUUGGCGUAAUAACGAAUGUGCAGAAGCUCCGCCCUCGUGGUUCUGGCUGUGCUGCCACAGAAAGUUGUCACCGAAUAUAGCUUCAUCUUCAAAGUAGUAGCAUACCGGAGUAUGUCUACACCGUUCGUGCCAAUAGAGUACUCCGUUGAGCGCUCCGAAAGUUGCCGAAGACGGAGUAAAACGUGGGAAAGGAUUAUAACAUUCGCAAGAAUAAGCGAUAGCACUCCUGCCACACUCCACGGUAACUGGGGAAGUUAACGAAAUCAUUUCCUUUGAUUGACAGCGAAUAACUUGGGAGAACGAAAUGCGAUUGGAACGAAGUGUCAGAGUGAACAGUUAUAGCCCGUUUUGUUAUCCCAAGACUAGCGAAUGUCCAGAAUAUUUCGAAGUGAGUGAAUGACUAUCAGCAUUACAGAAGAAAGAAGACCAAAGACCGCCUUCAUGUGUGCACAAUCAAAAUAACGACUUUGCAAUGUACCCGACAGAUACUCAAUUGCUGUGCACCGCUUUGAACCAAGCAGUGAGAUCUAAUGCACCAGAACCACUACAAAGUGGCUGGACGUAUAUACAAAGCUGCAGCAACCGUGUCAGCACUUCCGAUAAGUGAUGUUACGUUUUUUUUCAAACUCUAACAUACAUUUAUCGUUGAUAAGCAUAAUGCUGGAAUCCACGAGAAAGCAUCGGGCCGAAUACGGGUCAUUACGUAAAAUUAAUAUAUUCUUUGUUCGUAUGAGAUUAUUUGAUGUGUAGCAUCUGUUCUUAUAACUGAUAAGCAAGGUUCUGAUGACUGGUUUCAUUGGAGUCCGUGCACUCACAUUUACAGCUUGAAGAUUUGCCUGUUAGCUUAUAAUGUGUACUUGCGAAAUGUAAAGAGAAACUUACGCAAACAAGGAAAAUUUUGAGAGAAGCUCACUACCUUAGACUUUUCGUGCCCUGGACAGCUUUGGCAGGUGUUUAACACCAGUGAUUAACCAAGCAAAUAUCAAGCAUCCAAGCUUCUAGCACACGAUUAUCUUAAUGCAACUCUGGUCUUCGAAAUAUUCAGGUGGUGCGUGAUUGUUAGUGCCGAACAGCACAUUUUCGCUCCUACAUAUCACUUGCAUGGCAUUCUGUCUGAAUCGCGCCAUAUAUGCAUUGUGCCCUGACGUACACAGCGCGGAGAAAGAUAUGAUUUUCACGAAAGUUUUGGAUCUACGGAGAACGCAAUCGGUGCCACACCUCAACUGCGUACGUCGUCUGCCUACUGCACACGCCUAUCACACAGUUUGAUAAAUGGUGUUGUUUGUCAAAAAAGAAAGUUCAGGGAACAAGGGAGAGGUCUUUCAGUUGCAUUUUUCUUGGUGUCUGCAUUUGGAACAGUUUUAGCAGUCACUUAAUUUAACGGAAAAAUGGCGAAAUCGUCGUCAAUGCUGUCGCUGCCUCACUUUACGUUUUGUUGUACUUGCUGUGCCAAAAAAGGAAAAAAAAAAUGUUGACUGCCAUUGCGACGAAACGUGUAUUUUUGGUCGUCUCAAGGUACGAACUUAAAUUUUACACCAAACGUUUUUCUCUGUGCCCUAUAUCUAGCAGAGAAUCUCUGAUAUCAUCUUUGCAAAGAUUCAUGCUUGUUAUACAAAUAUAUAACGAAACGAGAAUACAGAAAAUAAAACUUAACAGAGGCGCUUCCAUCGAGGUAUGCUUCCACUCGCUGCCAUUCUUCCGGGUUUGUACCGUCGCGUCUGUGUGUGUAUGAUUGGCCCGCCGAAUGCGCCGGCAAUUUGUACAAAACUGUAAGACUAAGAGAACUUCGUUGCGUGGUGACCACAGUUGUGUAGAACUUGUUUUCCGAGGCCGUGUUUUGUUUUGUAUUUUUGUUUUAUUUCUUCCCUUGUUCAGUGAUUUGACGAUGUUGUUGCUUCUUUUCUUUUUCAAUCUCGUAUAGCGUGUGAUGGUGCGGUUGAAAGAAAAAAAAAAGAAAACGUGUAUGUGCGUGUGUGAGCGUAAUAUGCGGGAUUAUGCGCUCUCUGGGCUUGCAGUGUAAUGGUCCCAAAGAAGUCUGUAAUUGUGGUCUAUAGAUUACCCUCCCUGUUAGUUAAGGCUUCAACGGAUCAGCCGUGGUUUCACCUUGUCAAGCGAUGUCUUGAAGGGACAUUAUAGAGAAAAAUACGAGUUUAUUAUUAAAAAGGAAACGAAGGUUAUAGUUCCGUCAUUUUAAAUUUCGUGCCGAAAAAUUCCAGCACCUGUGAGUCGCUACGAUGUCAUGACGUCACACCACGCCAAAAAUUUGAAACGUCAAUUUGACGUCAUGAGUUUUGAAGUAUUUGUUGAGUACUUAGGUCGCCAUCGCUUACUAAAUUUUUGCGAAGUUGGAUAAGUCAAGUCUUUUAAACAUUUCUAUGAUUACAGUUCGUCUGUCACUAUCUAAAAAUAAAAUAACGCAGACGUGACGUCAAGUGUAACGUCAAUAGGUUGUGGCGUCCCGCGUGUGUGUCAUUGUUCGUGCGAAUGGUUUCGCAUAUCAACUUGUCUCGUCGCACACUAACAGUCGUUGUUCCGUAUUGUUGGGGCUUUAGACUAACAAAGCUGAAAUAAUUUUAUCUUUAAUGUCCCUUUUAGAUCACAAGAAAGCUCGCUUCUCAUUUGAUGCGCUUUGACUCCUUUUUUUUAUGUGGUCUCUCCGAAAUGGCAUCCGAGUUUCCAGCGUUUUGUCACCUCAUGUAUCUCAUCUAUCUUUGCUUAUAUGAUCAGUUUUGUUGAAGACAAACUAUGCGUUGAAAGUUUUAUAUUUCUUGUUAGUUGAAACCCUUGGACCUCCGGUAUAAAGCGAUAACAGGAAGUUAGCUUGAGUCAACUACAAAUGAAAGAGAAGGAAUUGUGGGAGAUGGCACACUUACUUGAUUUACAAAGAAGAACCGGAUUCCCUAUUACUGUCCCUGGAUGUUUUGUACAGUGUUUUGCUUUGCAAUGCAGUCGUCUUGCGAAUGAAAUGCUCAAUUAUCCAUGUCGUUUAUAGAUCGAAUUACUACAGCGAUCUCUUCGUGUUGAGAUGGUUAAGAACUGGCACUUGGCUGAUCGAUCCGGAGGCCAAGGAUCAACCAUUAUAGUCUAGAGAAAGAAAAGAAAGAAAACUUUUAUAGUUUGUAUGCCCUUUCGUGCUUUUUGUUUCUUCUCUUUGUUAGAAAUAUACUGUAUGUGUGAAACUGCCACGUGACUUUGCCAUACCGCAACGUUAGUGCAUUCUCACGUACCCAGACCAAACCUGUGAGUGUAUAAUAGAACACCGUUUUUUCUGUAGGCGAAAGACAGGUUGUAAAAUUGUUUAUAUGAAACUGUCUCUACUCUAUCGAUGUUUUAUAGCCUCGGUUUAUAGCACGCAGUGCUGUCUAGAAUGACGCGAAAGGCGUACUUGGACGAGACCCUCUCUGGGGGCAGCCGAAAUAUGGAGGAACAUUUUGUACGCGCCAUGGGUUGUUCGACGAACGUCGCGAAAACUCUACGUAUUCCACCGGCAUGAGUUGGAGAUGUGAGCGGGUUGUAGAGGUACGACCAUACGACUAAGGCGUAAAGAGUGGUGACGUAUCUAUAGCAGCAAGCGGUAGCUAGACGCAGACACAUUAGUCUGAAUUCAAUCUAACUGAGGGUCGGAGAAAACGUUUAGUAAUCGCAUUGAAUCUUCACCACCACAGCCCUUGUCGUACGAGCCAGGUUUCACUUGCGAAUGCGUAGUACGCAUGUGUAGGGGCAGUACCCGUCAGUUCACUUUGUAAUGCUUUGACAGGGGGAGUGGCCUGAAGGUAACCAAGCAGUGAGAAGCACGAUUUGGCGUAAUACAUUGCGAUCCAGCACUCAGCCGAAUGAAAUUCAAGUGCAUGCUGUUGCUUCACUUUUUUUUUCUGUCAAAUGUUCCCCGAGUGCUUGUUUGCUCAAGAAGUUUUCUGUGGGCGCCACACAAUAUGCAACACCACUUUAUUUUUCUAAAACUUCUAUGCUGCGAAAAUAAAUGCAGCCGUAGUAAACUAUAGUUGAAUGCAACGGCUCGAGAUGCCUCUUUAAAAAUGAACGCUAAUAUGGUAAGAACUUCGUUGCUACGCACGCGACACGAUCAAAUGUCUGGAAUGUGAAAAUCAAAAGAAAAAUGGUGAACAAACAAUGUGACUAACUUGCUUGCGUCUCAAUUCAUGUCGGUUGAAACAUAGUGAAUCGUUGCUCCUCUACUGGCCUGCUUUGUGAAAAACAGGGGCAUACAUACUGCUGAAAUUUUAAACUGAAAAGGGUGCUUGAAGUCACAUACUCUUUAAAAACAACAUACACUUCCUAGGAAUGAGAACCCAAUUCAAGUAACACUCGUUUCAAUAACUAAAAGUGCAUUUAAAAGGCGGUAUAGUCAAGACAAUCCGAAGCUCAUGCAUCGUACAUUAGGAACCACUGACUAAGUUUAUGUUCAUACGGGCAGGCUUAGCUAUAGAUAGAGCAACACUGCGAUUCAAUUCACACCAGCACUCACCGUGCGAAAUACACUUAUACAUUCGUGAGGCCGCACGCAAUCACUUAAAAGUUUCCAAGUUUCAUACUCGUCACAAAUUAACUUCAAAAGCAAGCCUAAAACAGAAGCAGUGGGUGUCCGUAAUACUCGGCCUGUACGAGUCAUUAGGGCUCGAACCCACACCCAUUGACGUGCUAAUUCAUGUGUUCAGAGACUGAGGGUUUCUGGGCAAUUAAGUGUGAAUACAUUACAAAAUGAUUGGUUCACAUAACCAACAACACAAUGGCAACGACAUUGUAUCACGCUCCGUUGUACGCCUAUCACAAAGGAAGGCUUGAGCGUGUAUCACGCUCAGCUUUAGCUAAUCCCGAAAGGUUCAGACAUCAUAAAAAAAAGUAAAGAAAUAUGAUGAUGCCCAUAUUUUCUAAAGACGGGCAAAAUGAAUCUCUACCAGCAUUACGGCACGUUUUGUAUGAAUUCCCCCGAGAAAUAAUAAUAAAAAACACACAGAGAAAGAUUAUAUGGGUUUGUUAUGUAGAAUGGUGGGGUCGCGUACAUAUAACUUCUUGGUGUUGUUUUCGCGUUCGGUUGUGCUAGGUUUUAUACAGCGAAUAGUACCUUUCGAAGAGUAGCUAUAUUGUGUUGUUGUUUCGCAAUAAAUUGUAAUUUUUUUUUUCAUGUCAGUGCUAAGGUGUCGUAUGUAACAUCUUUCACUGAUUGCCUGGUAUGCCGCAAGGACCCAUUGGCGCGUUUUGUGCCGCGUCAUCCUCUGAACCUGCUUUGUUUGGAGCGCAUCGAACAAAGUUCUUGGUUGUAUUUGGCAUGGGUGUACGCUUCAGUGAGAAUGCAGAGUGAUUUCGCUCGUUUUUAAACAAUGAUCUGUCACUAAAAUUUCGAAGACACGACCGAUAGAGUGUUUUCGCUUUGGAUGACUGAGAAUAAAGGCUAUAUAAGAAAACA